UUAUUCAUCAUAUAUUUGUUAUCUUCUUCUGAAAUCGAUGUCGACGCUGUGUGAAUCACAAUUUCAAAAAUAGUGUACACAUAUGACCCUUCUUCUUCAUCACGCACCUCACAUCACAAGCAGCACUAAACAAAACAACGCCCCAUUUUUUUCUCUAAAUUUUUAUUUUAAUUUAAUCUAUGAAUUACCGCAAAUAAAAUUAGAGCUUAAAUAGUCUUCUUUCUGAAAUUCUAUUUCUAUAUCACACGACCUCGUUUUAAUUAUUUUUUAAUUCACAUUGAUUUCUUCUCUCUUUCCUCAUAAAGCACUUUUCUCAGUCGGUUAAAACAGAAAUAACAAAAAUUAGUUUAGUUUCAUUCUACGACGUCAGUUCCGUUACACUUCACCGGAUGGCUAAUUCCGACGAGCCGGAAAGUACGGGAACCACCGCAACUGCCACUGUAACUACCGUUCAAACCGAUUCAGAUCUCAAGCAUUCUUCUCUACGGAGAAGACCGAGCGCGACAUCAUCCGCCGGCCUUUUCGACGCCGAAAGUGCAGCUCAAGAAGCGAUUAGAGAUUCCGGCUCCGACGAUUCGUCGAACGGUAAGAACAGUGAAGAGGUUAAGGAUCGAAAAACGGAUCAUGCAGGAAUUGAAAAUGACGUUCAGAAUGACGUCAUUGAUCGAGAAAAAGUCGCCGAUUUCAAAUUCACUUAUCGUCCUUCAGUUCCCGCUCACCGGAGAAUCAAAGAGAGUCCUCUUAGCUCCGGCAACAUUUUUAGACAGAGUCAUGCAGGACUGUUCAAUCUCUGUAUUGUGGUGCUUGUUGCGGUAAACAGCAGGCUCAUCAUUGAGAAUUUGAUGAAGUAUGGAUGGUUGAUUAGAUCCGGCUUUUGGUUUAGCUCAAAAUCUUUAAGGGAUUGGCCACUCUUCAUGUGUUGUCUUAGUCUUGCAAUAUUUCCACUAGCCGCCUUUGUAGUUGAGAAGUUAGCACAACAAAAGAAUAUUUCUGAACCAGUUGUUGUUCUACUUCAUGUUGUAAUUACAACAGUUGCAAUUAUCUAUCCAGUUUUAGUAAUCCUCUGGUGUGACUCUGCUUUUCUAUCAGGGGCCACGUUGAUGCUAUUGACUUGCAUUGUGUGGUUAAAGUUGGUGUCAUAUGCACAUACAACCUAUGAUAUGAGAGCUCUUACUGUUUCAAAUGAAAAAGUAGCAAAGGGAGAAACAGUGCCCAAUACUUUGAAUAUGGAGUACCCGCACAAUGUGAGCUUCAAGAGUUUGGCAUACUUCAUGGUUGCUCCUACUUUGUGCUACCAGCCAAGCUAUCCUCGCACACCUUCGAUUCGAAAGGGUUGGGUCUUUCGACAACUUCUCAAGCUGAUAAUAUUUACAGGAGUUAUGGGAUUUAUAAUAGAACAAUAUAUGAAUCCUAUUGUCCAAAAUUCACAACAUCCUUUGAAGGGAAACCUUCUAUAUGCCAUUGAGAGAGUCUUGAAGCUUUCUGUUCCAAACGUCUAUGUGUGGCUCUGCAUGUUCUACUGCUUUUUCCAUCUUUGGUUAAAUAUACUUGCGGAGCUUCUCCGGUUUGGUGAUCGUGAGUUCUACAAAGAUUGGUGGAAUGCCCAAACAGUUGAAGAGUAUUGGAGGAUGUGGAAUAUGCCUGUGCAUAAAUGGAUGGUUCGCCACGUAUAUUUUCCCUGUAUAAGGUUUGGUAUACCCAAGGGUGCUUCUGCUUUGAUUGCAUUCCUUGUUUCUGCCGUGUUCCAUGAGUUAUGCAUUGCUGUUCCUUGCCGCAUGUUCAAGAUGUGGGCUUUUAUUGGAAUUAUGUUUCAGGUUCCUUUGGUCUUGAUCACUAAUUACCUGCAAAAUAAAUACAGAAACUCAAUGGUUGGAAAUAUGAUUUUUUGGUUCAUAUUUUGUAUUCUUGGUCAACCUAUGUGCGUACUACUAUACUAUCAUGACUUGAUGAAUAGGAAAGGUGAAAUUGACUGAGGUAGCAAUAGCAUUACAUCAUUCCCAGUUAUGUGGAUGGGCUUUUCCAUAUAAGGGAUAAAUCCAUGUACAUAUGUUGCUCUAUAUUUUAUCUGGUGACUAUCAUCUCUUUGAUAUGGUUCCUAUGGGUUAAGCAUUUGCGUAUUAUUUGCCCGAGUCUUUGGAAUUUAAUUCUUCAAUGUAUUUAUUUAGUUGAAUUGCUUUGGCACUAAAGCAAUAUGCAAGCAAUUUUGAAAGCGGCGCACAAACAAUGUUAUAUGCUAACCGGUUUCUAAUAAUUGAUGUCAAAGCUGUAAGUGCCUGAAUUGUUUAGCUGUAGAUUAUUUCUGGAA